AGUUACAGAAAGAGAUAGACGAAGUAAACAAGGGGAUAAUGGUAAUGCAGAAGAAGGAAAUGCAAGGGGGAGAGAUGAGUGAGAAGUUUAAGAAGAAAGAGAUAAAGUUGGAUGGAUUUGAGAGUAGUCUACAGGUGGCUACAAAUAAGUUCAACGAUCUGCUAAUGGUGUCUGAGAAAUAUCGUAAAAAGAUAAAUUUGUUACUAGAGGAACGUAAGAUAUUUCAUGCCAAGUAUAUGCAGCUUUAUAAGCAGUUGCUGGAGGGGAAACAAACCAUGUUAGAUAUUGUGGAACAGGCCACAAAAGUUUGUGAUCAAAAAGAGGAGGCAAGUAGAAAAUUGAUUAGAUUACAGAGGAAGAAAGCGGAGGAGGAGAGGAAUUACAACGAGUGUGUCCAGCAGUUACAAAAUGAGUUGGAUGAAAAUCGUGAGUUGGACCAGUUUUUGAAUGAGAAAAAUGAGCGGCUCCAGAAUGAUAACGAGGCGUAUGAAGAGAGAAAGAUGGAGAUGAUGCAUCGGUUGAAAGAGGAAUUUUUUGAGAAAUUCGGGAGGUAUUCAGAGAUGAUGAAUGAGAUGCGGGACCUGUACGGAGUGGAUGCCAAUGCGAUGAUUGAUAUUAGCUACAAAUCAGUUGAAGAAGACAUCAUGCAACUAGUCUGCUACAUCAACUUCCGCAACAGCCAACUCCUAGAGCUUCAGGACUCAAUCGCCGAGCUCAACCUCAGAAUCCUCGACCAGCAAGAGUUGCAAGAGCUCAACGAACUACAACAAGACAAAAUCCUCGAGGAGCUCCACGAGAACCUGGAGACCAAGAGGGCGGAGUGUGGGAAAGCGAUGGAAGACAAGAGAAGAAGCGAAUGGGUGUUGAAUCAACUGUUGACAGACCUGGAGAAAAUGUUCAUAGGUUAUAACUGUGACUCGAAACUGUUCUUCGAGAUGCUAGGGGAUAACGCGCAUGUGAACGUUUUCAACUACAAGACAUGUCUAGCUCAAAUCGAAAACCAAAUCCAUGAGUUUGUCUGUCUAGUUUAUUGUAAGGAGCUAGUUUGGAUACCAGAGUAUGAAGAUGAGACGGAAGCUGUGAUACAAGACGAUUACCAUCUCUUACUAUCAAAACGUUCUAUCAAUUAUUACACGGAUUCUCUGUCGCCUUGCCCCUUGUGCCAGGAGAUGAUUCAGUUGUCAAACAUAGAAGAGGAGAGUAGAGUGGUGGAGCUGGAUAAUUAUAUGGAGAUUCAGCGGGAAGAAACAAAGACAGCUAAUAGUCCGGCGGGGCAUGAGAUAUUGCACAAUUUGAGCAAAUGUCAGCUGCCCAGGUCGAGGGCUAUUAUGCAGGCGAAAUUUCAAGAACAGGAGGCCGGGUUGUAGGGUUGGUAGAGGAGAAAAUAAUGUUGGGUUCUAUUUAAUAAAAUUGUUUUUGCUUGUAAGUAUAUUAUGUUCUAUUGAUAAAAUUGUUUAUGUUUGUGAGUAUUUAUGUUCUAUUGAUAAAAUUGUUUAUGUUUGUGAGUAUUUAUGUUCUAUUGAUAAAAUUGUUUAUGUUUGUAAGUAUAUGUUCUAUUGAUGGAAUUGUUUUUGUUUGUGAGUAUAUGUUCUAUUAAUAAAAUUGUUUUUGUUUGUGAGUAUAAUGUUCUAUUGAUAAAAUUGUUUUUGUUUGUGAGUAUAAUAUGUUCUACUAAUUAUUGUUUAUGCUUGUGAGUAUA